AAAAAUAAUUGGAAGUGAAAAAAUAUAAAUAUGUCAUGACUAAGGAAGUGACACUAUAGAUCUACGAGUACUUGAGCUGAAAACAUAAAUCACUUCGAUCAGAAUGGGCGCCGUGCACAAAAUUUUCCUUUUGGCUUUCGUCCUUUACUCAGCGAAUGGUUAUCUUAAAGAAGAGGAUUUCGGUGAAGCAGCUACGAAAAUAGCAAUUCCGUUAAAGGAAAUGUGUAUGGAAAUUACCGGAGCUUCCCAGGAGGUGAUAGACCAGUACAAAAUCGGUCACUUCGUUGAAAAUGAAAAAGCUCAGAGAUACGUACUUUGCCUAUGGAGAGUGUCAGGUCUUAUGGAUAAAAAUUUGAAAUUGAACGAAACAUUUUUGGAUUCUAUCUUGCCACAAAAAGAGAGGGAUGCCGAUUUUCCCGGUGAAGUGAAAAAAUGUCAUGCUGUAAUAGAUCAAUUAGGUGAUGAGGAGAAUUAUCAAAAAAUUUUUGAGUUUGAAAAAUGCUUGUUCAAACUGGAUUCUGCUGAUUUCAUUAUGUUUUGAUCCGGCGAGGGAGAGUUAGUUAUGCAACCUACAAGAUGAUGGCUAUGUUCAAUUGUGAAUUUCUCAAAUAAACUUUCAGUAAAUACUG